UCCAUAUGUAGAUGAAGUUGGUAUACUCAGAGUAGGAGGACGAAUACAAAAGGCAAACCUUUUUGCAGAGCAGAAACAUCCGAUCAUUCUGCAUAAUAAACAUCCUUUAACCACAUUAAUUCUUAGACGCGAACAUUUAAAAUUAUUACAUUGUGGUCAACAGCAGUUAUUAUAUUCAAUUAGACAAAGAUUUUGGCCUAUUGCAGGUCGUAGUGUCUGUAGAACUAUAGUAAGAAGUUGCGUAGUGUGUUUCAGGGCAAAACCAGUAGCACAAUUUUAUCAAAUGGGAAAUUUGCCGGAAUGUCGUGUUACAUCGUUUCAACCUGUUUUUGCUUAUACUGGCAUUGAUUAUGCUGGGCCAAUAUCUAUACGAGAUCGCAAAACGCGAAAUCCAAAAAUGUUAAAAUCUUAUAUCGGAAUAUUUAUCUGUAUGAGCACUAAAUGUGUACAUUUAGAUGUCGUUACCGACAUGACAACAACCUCUUUUAUUACUGCACUAAAACGGUUUAUUGCAAGGCGAGGUAAGCCACGACACAUUUACUCAGACAAUGGUACUAAUUUUGUCGGGGCUAACGCCAUACUUUUUAACAAGUUAAAAUCCAGUGCUGAUGAAAUAUCCUCAACUUUGUCAGCUGAAGUAAAAUCUUGGCAUUUUAAUCCGCCUAGAGCGCCUAAUUUUGGAGGUUUGUGGGAAGCUGGGGUCAAGAGCAUCAAAUACCAUCUGAAACGCGUUAUAGGUGAUUCGGCUCUUACUUAUGAAGAUCUUUGCACAGUAUUAGUUCAAAUUGAAGGGGCUCUGAACUCCCGACCAUUAUCUCCACUCUCAUCGGACCCUCAAGAUCCUACGCCGCUCACUCCAGGUCACUUCUUGGUGGGAAGACCAUUAACAGCACUUCCAGAAGCAGACCAUACUUCAAUCCCGGAAGCACGACUUAAAAAAUUCGAACAUCUACAAGCCAUGAUCCAACAUUUCUGGAAGCGAUGGAAUAUAGAGUACAUCUCCGAGUUGCAGUCCCGUCUAAAAUGGAAAAAGUCGUUCUCAGAACUACUAAAAAUUGGCAGUUUAGUAGUCAUUAAGGAGGAAAAUGUUCCAGUGAAUAGAUGGAAAACUGGGAGAAUCAUCCAGCUCCACCCUGGUCCAGACGGCGUAAUCCGUCUAGUUAAUGUGCAAUGUGCCGAUGGUGCGGUGUACAAACGUGCUAUCACUAAACUGUGUGUUUUGCCAUCUCAAUGA